GUUUGUGUUUUUCUUGGCAGCUGGAUACGAUUACACUUCACAUGCAUUGUGAUGAGUGCUAUGUAAUGUAUAAGUGACAAUGAUUAAGAUGAGAUAUAUCUCUUAUUUCCGUCCAAUUUGCAACAUCAGCAAGUUCAAGGCGGCCUUGCAAGUUGUUGGAACUUCACGACCUAGCCACUUAAAGUUAAUUCGAAAAAGUUUUCGUAGUUAUUGCACAUGGAGAAGAAGUUUGUCCUCAACAGCAGCUGAAAAGGGAAACCAGUUCAAAAUGGCCAAUAGUGACCGAAUACCAGAAGGUAUCUUGUUGGGAAUAGGAAAUCCUCUGCUGGAUAUUACCAUUAGUGCAGACCAGGCUUUCUUAGACAAAUAUGGACUACAAUCUAAUGAUGCAAUCAUUGCAACAGAAAAACAUACAGCCUUGUUUGAAGAAAUGGUAGCUGACUAUAAACCUAUUUAUCUGGCAGGAGGAGCCACUCAGAAUAGCAUUAGGGUUGCUCAGUGGCUUUUACAGAAGCCCAAAGCAACCUCAUUUGUUGGUGGUGUUGGAAAUGAUCAAUUUCAUGAAAUUUUAUUAAAAACUGCUGAAGAAGUUGGCGUGAAUGUAAAAUAUGAAAUUCACAAUGAUAAAUCCACUGGAAAAUGUGGUGCUAUUAUUACGGGAGAGGACAGGUCUUUAGUGACAGAUCUUGGAGCAGCAGAACAUUUUACAGCGCAGUUUUUAAGUCAACCAGAUAUAUGGCAGCUUGUAGAAAAAGCACAGAUUUUUUAUAUCGGUGGAUUUAUAGUUCCUGUUAGUUCUGAUGCUGUUAUACAAGCAUCCAAGCAUGCUGCUGAGAAUGAUAAAAUUGUUGUGAUGAACUUACAUGCCAAAUUUUUAUGCAAAAGAUUUGCAGAUCCUGACCUCAAUCUAAUGCAGUAUGUAGAUGUAUUAUUUGGAAAUGGAGAUGAAGCCAAAGCCUUUGGUAGUUGUAGUGGAUUUGAAACAUCAGACAUCAAAGAAAUAGCUCUCAAAGCUCAGGCACUGCCAAAACUUAAUGAAAAACGUAAACGAAUUAUUGUUUUCACUCAGGGCAAAGAUCCAACCAUAUUAGCUCAGGAUGGUCAAAUUACUGAAUUUCCAAUUACUCCAGUGAAGAAAGAUUUAAUAAAAGAUACUAACGGUUGUGGUGAUGCUUUUGUGGGUGGAUUUUUAUCUCAGCUUGCUCAGAACAAACCACUUGAUAUUUGUAUGGAGUGUGGGUUUUAUGCAUCUAAAGUUGUAAUACAGCAUUAUGGAUGUAAUUUUCCUGACCGUCCACAUUUCAAAUAAUAAUGAUUAUUUAUAGGGCAAUUUUUACUUGGAGUCUAUUAGACUUCUGAUUGAAAUCAGAUUUAUCACUUUGCUCUGAAAAGGUUUAACCAUUCCAGCAUAAGAGGUUAAAUUGGAUGACCUUCAAUUUAUGCAAAUUUUUAUUCAUGCAAUCAUUCAAUUGACACACUGGCAAUUUGAAUUAUUGAAUCAUGGUUAUAGUAAUUAGAUGUUUUACCGACUUACGAUUUAUGAUAUAGAAAAAAUGAUUAAAGGAUGAAACAUUGCUGCUUUCCCUAGUUUAGAAAUCUUUACAAUUAGAUUGGUGCAUGAAUUCAAACUGCUUGAUAAUUAAUUGGUUAGGACCUAAAAUUUGUGGACUAUAUACAAUAUUUGGCAGGUAAAGUUGAACCAAACAAAUGUUUUAUAUAUUUCAUAGUAAAAAGGACAGAAACUUGUGAAGGGAAAAUUAAUUUGAUGUUAAACAUCUCUUAUGGAAUGUUUCAGAUCUUACACCAUCACCAAACAAAUAUAAGGGAGGGGGGAAGUGAAAGAUCUGAUUUUAAUCAGAUUGUUCUGAUGAUAUAAAGUUAAUAUUAACAGGAAACCUUUUGAUAUUUAUUGACAUUUUAAAUUUAUUACUAUUUUACCAAUGUGUAGUUGUUUACAAGGGAGAGAUGACUGUUGACCAUGUACCAUGAUGUACAAAUCAUGAAGGUUUACAUUAUAAUUUUUUAAGAAAAAGGGAAAAAAGAAUCAUAUAAUACAUGUGUAUGUAUGUAAUAUUUUACAUAUUUAUUUAACAUUCAUAUUCCUAGCAUAGUUA